UGGGUCCCACGCUAAAGAUAAGUUAGAGUUAGAGACCUCUAGUUGUCAUCAUGCGCUGUCUGUCUGUGUCUGUUUUCAGUAUUUAGAGAGGAGGGUAACAAAAGAGAGGGACGCAAGCAAAGCAAAGGAAAGAGUAUAGUUGAGAGAGAGAGAGAGAUGGCUGAUCCAACUCCCCUAAUUCUAUCACGAACCGAGUCAGAAACUCCGAGUGGUAUUAGGAGGGUAGAGGGUGAUGAGAAAUACAUACCCCCCUCAUCCUCCUCCUCCACCUUGGAUGAGACUAUCGAACAGUGUCUAGGAGAUUUCGGGUGGGCUCAGUUCUUUCAGGCUGCCCUCGUAUCAGUCGCGUGGGUCUUUGACGCACAACAAACCUUCGUCAGUGUGUUCACGGAUGCCCAACCAGCAUGGCACCUUACUACUACUACUGGUGGUGGUGACACGAUGAUGAUGAUCUGCCAACUUCCGAGGAAUUCAUGGGCUUGGGAUAUGCCCAUCGACACCUCCAUAAUCUCAGAGUGGUCAUUGGAGUGUGCCGGUUCGAUAAUGACAGGGCUGCCGGCGUCAUCAUUCUUCAUGGGUUGCCUUGCCGGUGGAUUCAUCCUGGCCACACUUGCAGACUCCUCAUCACUGGGUCGCAAGAACAUGCUACUCCUAUCCUGCCUCCUCAUGUCACUUGCUGGCCUCUCCACAGUGUUCUUCUCCACCAACAUCUGGAUCUACUCAGCCCUCAGAUUUGUUAGCGGCUUUGGCCGUUCCACCAUUGGAACCUGCGCUCUCGUCUUAUCCACGGAGCUCGUCGGGAAACGCUGGCGACCCCAGGUCGGUAUUAUUGGCUUCAUUUGCUUCACCCUUGGCUUUCUAUCCUUACCAGCCAUCGCUUACUUCAAUAGGGGCUCUUCAUGGAGGUUACUGUAUCUGUGGACAUGUGUUCCGGCAAUCUUCUACUGUGUCUUAUUUCAUUUCUUAGCCCUCGAGUCUCCCAGAUGGCUCUUCCUCCGAGGACGUAAACAAGAAUUCCUCGCCACGCUUAAGACUCUUGCAACCCCUGCAAAACGUAGUAGCAUGACGACGUCCAUUGAUGAUGAUGAUGAUGAUAUUGAACAAGUUCAAGUAGUAGAAGAGGAAUCAUGCAAGGACAAGGACAAGGCCAAGGACAAGGACGACGUCGUGGUGGUGGUUGGCGGCGUCUACUUGUAUUCGGCCAUGAAGAUGCUGCUGGAGAAAAGUUGGGCUUUGAAACGAUUGUUGGCAGUUAUGGUGAUUGGUUUUGGGAUCGGGAUGGUGUACUAUGGGAUGCCGCUGGGGGUGGGAAGCUUGGCUUUGAAUCUGUACCUGAGCACUACAUUUAACGCCCUGUCAGAGCUGCCUGCGUCGCUGGUCACAUUCUUACUAGUAGGGAGACUGAACAGGAAAGGCUCCCUAUUAGGGUUCACCACGUUGAGCGGCAUGUGUAGCGUGAUGUGCUCGUUCUUGGUAGUGGUCAUGAGGAGCAGCGAUGAUGAUUAUAAUAAUAAUAAUAAUGGACAGGGACAGGGACAGGGACAGGGAGACAAGAUGAUGACGUCCUCGUGGUGUUGGUGGUGGAGGGGGUUUCAGAUUGGGUUGGAGAUGAUAUCAUUCUUCAGUGCGUGCACUGCGUUUAACGUGCUGCUGAUUUACACGAUAGAGUUGUUUCCGACGUGCGUGAGAAACUCGGCCAUGUCUAUGGUGAGGCAGGCACUGGUUUUGGGUGGGGUGUUCAGCCCUGUUUUGGUCGCAGCUGGAAGGAAUAAUUCAGGAUUGCUGUCAUAUGGGGUGUUUGGGGUGACGAUUGGGUUAUGCGGGUUAUUCGUCACAUUUCUGCCGGAGACAAGGGGCCACACCAUUUGUGAUACAAUGGAUGAAGAGGAGCCACAAACUUAAAAAAGAGAGAGAGCGCAAGAGCAAGAGCAAGAGCAAGAGCAAGAGCAAGCAUCUACCAGCUGUCCUACUUCAAGCAAUUGAGAUUGUCUUUUGUCGUACGUGGUGAUUUUUUCUUUUUUUCUUUUUUAAAAGAACCAAGGUCUCGUUAAGCAGGCCUGUCAAUUAUUAAAGCCAAUAAAUGUUAGGUAGAUAUAUCUUUUAUGAAAAUUCUUCUUUUAAUUAGUUUGUAAUGUUUUGUUAUAUAUUAUGUAAUCAUCUUUAAUUUA